AUGAAGGCCUUCAUCCUUCUCAUGAAAUCCAUUUGCUCUCUCUUAGUCUUUCUUUCUUUUCUCAAACCAAUCCUAUCUGCCGUUGAAAUCAACUUUGUCAAUCAUCUCUGCGUAGGAGGAAACUACACUCAGAUCAACAGUCUCUACCAACCUAACUUAAAUCUCGCCCUCACCAAUCUCUCCUCACAAGCAUCAAAUCGUGGUUUCUACAACUUCACAUUCGGCUCUGGAUCCGAUCAAGUCUACGCGCUCUACCUCUGCCGAGGCGACGUUAAUCCCCAAGUUUGUCAAUCAUGUGUCGUUGCCGCCUCAAAUCUCCUCACACAACAAUGCCCGAACAACAAAGUAGCCAUCAUUUGGUAUAAAGAAUGCAUGCUUCGUUAUUCGAAUACAACCAUAUUCUCAAUUGGAACAGACUCUAAUGGGCCCUGGAGUUACAAAUACAGCCUUACCAAUGUUUCUAAUCCUAGCCAGUUCAACCAGGUUCUUUCGGAUACAAUGAAUGGGCUGAUCAACAACAUAACCGCACCUUCUUAUUUCUUAACCGGGGAGGCGAAGGUUUCUAAUUUCCAGACCUUGUAUAGCCUGGUCCAAUGCACACCCGAUAUUACAUCGUUUGAAUGCAAUCGUUGCUUGCAAGUGGCGCUAGGUGAUUAUCCAAAGUGUUGUUCAGGAGGAAGUAAAUGGGCAGUUAUGUUCCGGGCAAGUUGUGGAGUUAUGUACGAUACCGCUCCUUUCUACAACAUGGAUUCUCAAUCAUCAUCUCCUCCACCACCACCUUCUCCUUCUCUUGCAGCAACUCCACCUGCAGUAAAUAGUACUGAUAAUGGACCGGGAAAAAGAAAGAAGAACUCAAUUCUUCCUGUUUCUCGAUUUGUCUUUAUAAAAGGAAAACAACUAGACCACAAUCUCGAUUCAUCGUGUAAACGCUUUAAACUUACUAUCAAAUUUUCUUGUGGAGUUGUAUCAGAUGGUGACGAUAUAACUAACGUUGAAUCACUUCAGUACGAUUUUAAAAUGAUCAAAGCAGCCACCAAAAACUUUUCAGCUGUUAAUCAACUUGGUGAGGGUGGAUUUGGUAUUGUUUAUAAGGGGGUGUUACCUAACGGUCAAGAAAUUGCUGUCAAGAGAUUAUCCGAUAGCUCUGGACAAGGAGAUCAAGAGUUCAAGAAUGAGGUGGUUUUAGUUGCUAGGUUACAACAUCGAAAUCUCGUGAGGCUUUUGGGAUUUUGUAUUGAAGGGCAAGAGAAGAUUUUGGUUUACGAGUUUGUCCCGAAUACGAGUCUAGAUCGGUUUCUAUUUGAUACAAAGCAACGAGCACUUUUGGAUUGGGAGACACGAUUUAGGAUUAUAAAGGGAAUCGCCAAAGGACUAUUGUAUCUUCAUGAAGAUUCCCGACUCAAAAUCAUUCAUAGGGAUCUUAAAUCUAGUAACAUAUUGCUAGAUGGUGAAAUGAACCCCAAAAUUGCGGAUUUUGGCAUGGCUAGACUUGUGGACAUAAAUCAAACUCAAGGCAACACGAGUAGAAUCGUCGGAACAUACGGAUAUAUGGCACCAGAGUAUUUAUUGAGUGGUUUUUUCUCCAUUAAGUCAGACGUUUACAGUUUUGGUGUUAUAAUAUUGGAGAUUGUGAGCGGACAAAGAAAUUACACAUAUCAAUCGGAACACAAACAAGAUCUUCCACGUUAUGCGUGGCAAAAAUGGAACGAUGGAAUGUUCCAAGAUCUAAUGGACCCGGCACUUGGUUCCAACAUUUCAAUGGAGGAAGUGAAAAGAUGCAUUCACAUUGGCUUGAUGUGCGUUCAAGAGGACUCGGAAGCGAGACCAACUAUGACUUCGGUCAUUCUCAUGCUCGGUAGCAACUCGCAAACGUUACCAUUACCUAAAGCACCCGCCUUAUUUAACUAUAACAAUGGUCAGUCAAAUACGGAAUCAAUUUCACGAAAUAAUGAACGCGUAGAUACAAGUGGAAGCAAAUCUUACAUGUGGUCAGAUGAGGUUCAUGACUUGUACCCUAGAUAA